CCAGUGUGUUCGCCGCCUUCGUACGUUUCGGGUCAGGCUCUAAAAAUUUGUUUUCCUGUCUCACAAAAUUUUCCAUAGUAGAAACACAUACAGCAUUCAAUUUUCCACCAAAUCAAAAUUCCAUAUUUAGUUGGCAAAUAUUUGUUGACUGUCCCGAGAUGUCGUCGACGCUGAACGAAGCUGCGCUGGACCAGCACUUUGCCGCGCAGUCGCGUGUACUGGGCCAAGUGCUAACGGAGCAGAUUAGCCGGAACGAUCACAGUCUCGCCCAGAAGUGGCUGCGCGCGUUCAACCGGGCCUGCAAGAACGACAAGUACGCGCGCAACUGCCUGAUGCUGCUGAUGUUCGGACAGCUGAAGGAUAUGGGACAGCUGAGCGAACCCUUUGUGGAGCUGGAGAAUCUGCAGCUAAGCCUGCAGGAGGUGCUGACCGAGUACGAUGGGAAUCUGACUGACUUACAGGAGUCGCCCAGUGAGGACUUCAACGCGGAGGAUGGUAACGCUGCUGGCACACAGAAAUACGUGGCGCCCCCCAAUGUCGGCAAUUACAAUAUGGCGGAAAGCAAUCGGGCUGCGCCAAGCCGAAUGAGCACCCGCGCCACUGAGCCCAUGUCUAAGAAUCCGGUGAUAAAACAGGCGAACCAACUGCUGAUGAAUCAGGUCAAGGUUGGCCUGCCAAUGAGUAGCCGAGCCGUGCCCAUGGAGCGCGAGCCGCAGCACAAUGUAAGACUGCUGGAACCCAUCCACACGCACGCACAAAUGCACGCACAGCAUCCAAACCAUAUGAUCCAGCCACAGUAUCGGAGCCAGCAUCACCAUCAGCCGCAGCAGCAGAGCCAGCAUCAGCCGCAGCAGAGCCAGCUUCAUCAGCUACACCAGCAGAACUAUCCGAUGGAGCAAACGCAGCAACCCCAACAUCCCCAGCAUCCGCAGCAACCCCAGCAUCCCCAGCAUCCGCAGCAACCGCAGCAACCGCAGCAACAACAGCAGAUCAAACAGACCGAUCAGAACCUGAUAUCGGAUGCCUGGAACUUUUCGCUGCAGGCCAUCGAUCGUUUGGACAAGUGGAGAGGAAGCAACGACAAGCUGAGCUUCUUUUCACUGUGCCUACGCCCAUUGAUCAUCCAAGAGCCGGAACUCCGAAAGAAUAUUCCCGAGCUGGAUAACAGAUUGGUCUUGGUUAUCCACCAAAUCAUUGACGAUGCUACGGCAUCGUUCAAUGCCAAAGAAAGUGCCGUGUUGCAGGAGAGAGCGAACCAGCUGCUCAGACGACAGGAAUUGGAGCAGCUUAGAGCGGAUCUGGAUCGUCGGGAACACGAGCUGCGUCGCCAUGAGGCUGCCAUUGCACAGAAUGAGCAUCCGGGGCGAUCCCAGUCACCGACCGGAGACGCACGACUUUAUGCUGAGGAGCGUGGCCAUCCGCGCCAUCUCACACCGCUCAAACACCCUGCGAAUGCUCCUUUGCCUGCGGGACAGUGCACAAAAUGCCUGGCCAUUGACCCGAAUGCAGGCGCACCUUCGGGUGCCACGGAGGGAGCUGCAGCCAUUAAUUAUGUCUGUGCCCAAUGCGACAUGGAUUCGUCGGCGGUGACUUUCAACAGCGUUGAUUUUCUUCAGGGCGAGCAAGGAUCCGAGCUGCCCGAAGAGAAUCAAAUGGAAUCCAUGGAGGAGUCCGCCAAUGUGAAUGGCCAGUGGUGAUGGAGAUUGCUGCCAUGGCGGACACGCAUUAGAAUAAAAAAACAAUUUUUUUAAA